AUGAUGGCCACCGGCUACCCAGACCCCGCGGGGCCCGAGGACGCCGUGUCUCUCCUGCAGCAGCAGCAGCAGCAGCAGCACCAGGCCAUCAAGGAGCCCUGCCUGGGCGGCGAGUCGGCGGCUGCCAAGAGCGAGCUGAGCCCGGCUGCCCCGGCCAAGGCUUCCCCGGCGGGAUCGGCGUCCGCCUCGGCUCCCUCGGCGCCUCCGGAGAAGGGCGACCCGUCCCAGAAGCCCCCUUACUCGUACGUGGCGCUGAUCGCCAUGGCCAUCCGCGAGAGCGCCGAGAAGCGCCUGACGCUGUCGGGCAUCUACCAGUACAUCAUCGGCAAGUUCCCCUUCUACGAGAAGAACAAGAAGGGCUGGCAGAACAGCAUCCGCCACAACCUGAGCCUCAACGAGUGCUUCAUCAAGGUGCCGCGAGAGGGCGGCGGGGAGCGCAAAGGCAACUACUGGACGCUCGACCCGGCCUGCGAGGACAUGUUCGAGAAGGGCAACUACCGGCGCCGCCGCCGCAUGAAGAGGCCGUUCCGCCCGCCCGCCGGCCACUUCCAGCCGGGCAAGAGCCUCUUCGGCGCCGCGGCCGAGGCGGCCGGCUACGGUUACCUCACGGCGCCGCCCGCCAAGUACCUGCAGGCGCCUUUCCUCAACGCGGCGGCCGCCUCUUGGUCCCUGGCGCAGCCCGCGCCGCCGCCGCCGCCUCAGGCGCCUCAGGCGGGAGCCUACGCCGCCUGCACCAUGUCGGAGGGAGCGGGCGGCUCGGGCGCCGGGAGCGGAGGAGGCGGCUCGGGGGCGGGAGGCGGCGGUCCCCUCAGCCCCGUCGGCGGCGUCAAGGGAGUAGGCCUGGCGGCCGGGCCUGGAGACGCCGCCGCCUCGGCCUACGGGCCUUACUCCCGCCUGCCGGCCAUGGUGAACUCGUACAACGGCAUGGGGGGCCACCACCACCACCACCACCCGCACCACGCGCACCACGCGCACCACCACCACCAGCACCACCACCACCAGCACCACCACCACGCGGCCGCGGCGGCCCAGCAGCUCGGAGCGGCGGCCGUGGCGGCGGCAGCGGCGGCGGCUGCGGCGGCCGCCACGGCAGGGAGCGGCUCCCCGCAGGGCUCGCCCAACGGGCCGGCGGGCUUGCAGUUCGCGUGCGCCGGGCGCCAGCCGCCCGAGCUGGCCAUGAUGCACUGCUCCUACUGGGACCACGAGAGCAAGCACAGCGCCUUGCACUCCCGGAUAGACAUCUGA